UCUGGCCCACUGGCCCCCCUUCCUGGCCCAGCUCUGCCCCACCAGGCUCCGUCCCCACAUGGCUCUGCCCUAAUGCUCCCCACCCCAGGAGCCCGGCCCAGCUCUCUACCUGCAGAAAUGCCUGGUGGCACCCAGCCAGAGUGCAGGAACACCCCCCCCCCACGGCCUCCGUGUGGCUCUCCUGAAACCCCGUUCUGUUUCAGAGCAAGCCGGCCAAGCUGCAGUUCAUGCGGGCCAUGCACGGCCUCGCCGAGCUGACUGCACGCCAGGUGGCCACGGCCUUCGACCUGUCCCGGUUCACCUUGGCCUGUGACCUGGGAGGCUGCACAGGUGCCCUGGCCCGAGCGCUCACCCGGGAGUACCCGCGUCUGAAGGUGACCGUGUUUGACCUCCCGGAGGUCAUCGAGCACGUCACGUGUUUUCAGCCCGAAGGACGGCAGACAGAGCAGAUCAGCUAUGUGCCAG